GACAGCUCCGUGCUGCGCUCCACAUCACUUACCGGCAUCAUCUCUCCCACUUCAACUAUUUCUCACCUACUCCCUAGUUAGUCCCCUGAUAAAUCUCCAGCUUCCAUCCAUUGGACUGCAUCUCAAGCAAGCUUACACUUAAGACAAUUUAUUACCAGCCCCCUCCUUCCCCAUAUUAUACCAUUACCAGCAGUCCUGAUACUGGUUCUGAGUAUUGACCAUCCAGAGAAAGACACAUCAGCCCCUGCUGAAUCCAGGGAAAGGAAAUGUUUUACUUUCACUGCCCCCCUCAGCUGGAAGGGUCUCCUCCUUUUGGGGGACAUUCGUCUGCAGAGUUUGAUGAUGGAUUCCUACGCAGAAAGCAGCGGAGGAAUAGAACUACUUUUACUCUGCAACAGCUGGAAGCACUAGAAGCUGUGUUUGCUCAGACUCACUAUCCCGAUGUCUUUACCCGAGAAGAGCUUGCCAUGAAAAUAAACUUAACGGAAGCCAGAGUGCAGGUCUGGUUUCAGAAUCGUAGAGCAAAGUGGAGAAAAACUGAAAGAGGUAGUUUCGAUCAAGAUGGUUCAAAAGAAAGUACAGCUGAAGUCACCUCCCCCACCAGAAACCUUAGUUCACCUUCUUCAGGAGAUCCAGCAAGGGGUAAAAAGGAAAACUUGGAAACACAACAGAGCAGCAGGUGUCUGUCUCAUGAUAGAGCCGUUCCACCAGCAACAUCCUUCUUUCCAUCUUGUUUGCCAGGAGCUCUGAUAAACACUGCCAGCUAUGCCCAAGCCUUGUCACAUGUUGCAUCUCUAAAAGGUAGUCCCCUGUGUUCCUGCUGUGUGUCCGACCCACUGGCUCUUUCUUUUCUCCCUCCUUAUAGCUGCCAGAGUCACCGUACAGCCAGUGUGGCAGCUCUACGAAUGAAAGCAAGGGAGCACUCGGAGGCAGUCCUGCAGUCUGCACAGUUACUUCCGCCAACAGGGAGUAGUUCUGGGGGUUCAAUACCAACCCAACAAGAAGGUGCACAAGAAAGAACAUCUCAGGUUCAAGAACAGAAUGAAACAGAAAAAAGUGUAUGAUUUUCGGCGUCUGCACACAGCCAGUGAUUGAAUCAGAAUCCAUUGCAUCUGGACUUGGGCUGAAGAUAUGCCUAGAUAUAUAUGUAUUCAUUCACUUUACAGCAUUGCUACAGUGAUUUAAAAAAGAGUCACGCGCCUGGAACUUUAAUAAGUAUAUUUUGGGCUACUAUCGUAACUUGCUACAGUAUAUGCAGAGAUGGGAAGCAUUUAGAUGUAUUUUACUUUCAUCUCAAACAAAUUGAAAUACUAAAAUUAAGUUAUCCCUGACCUCAAGAAUGCUGUAUUACUACUCAACAUGGAUGACUACAGCACAAUACUUUAGAUCUCUUGCAAGAAAUAUUGUAUUAUUGUAAUGAGCUAUGUUUAAUGUCUCUAUUUAUCACUAUUUUAUUUGGUGAGUGGAUAACAGGUAGAAUGUCUUAGAUACAGUGUUAGGAUUAGUUGCCCUUCUUGUCUGCCAUAAAGAUACUCAUUUUUAAAUCCUUACCUUGCCAAAGACAUACAAGAAAUUAUUUUUUGACAGCUGAAUUGCCAAACUGUCCUGAAAUUAAAAUCUCCACCCUUGGAAAGGGGCUGAUGUGUUCCCUGUGCUGGUGUACAUGAAUUCAGGAGUUUCCAUUGUAGCUAGUUUUGUAUUUAUAUUAAUUAAUCAAGUUUUCCAAACUCUGCCACCAGGAGGAGCUGUGUACUUGGUGAUAGGCAUAAUAGGUUUUCAAA